GAUGCGGAGAGAGGCACUGAAGAUGCAAGGCUGGCUUUCUGCCUCCCGCAGUCUCUAAAGGAAACAGAGAAAAAGGCAAGGAGAAAGGAGGAGAGCAUUGCAGGUUCUUAAAGUCUGCAGAGAGGAAGAAAAAGGGUUGCUCUUUUGCUGUCAAUCCAGCUCCUCCCAGCUCCUCCCAUCUCACUACUGGCAUCCCAGCAACGCCUGCAGGCUUCCAGCUCCCACUGUCUCUCAUCCAGGUGUAGAUGCUCAUGCAGCCACCCAGGGAGAGGCUAGUGGUUAGAGCUGAAGCUGGAUGGAUGGGUAUGGGGAAAGGGGCAAGAGCCAAAGCCCUGGGACUGAUCCAAACCUUCUUUGUCUCUCUCUGCGUCUUCUUCCCAACAGUGGCAUCCGGGUGCAGAAUCAUGAAGUGCAACUCUGAGUUCCUGGCAGCCACGUCAUCGGGGCCCCACCACCUGGGCAUUGAGGAGGCCUCCGAGUUCUGCACCGCCCUCCGGGCUUACGCCCAUUGCACCCACCACACAGCCCGCACCUGCCGGGGGGACUUGUUCUACCACUCCGCCGUGCACGGCAUCGACGACCUCAUGGCCCAGCACAACUGCUCCAAGGAGGGGCCCACUUCCCCGCCCCGGGUCCGACCCCCACCCCGCGCCGACAGCCAGGAGCGUUCCGACAGCCCCGAGAUCUGCCAUUACGAGAGGAGCUUCCACAAACAUUCCCCGCCUCCCAACUACACCCAUUGUGGGCUCUUUGGUGACCCCCACCUCAGGACUUUUUUGGACAGUUUCCAGACGUGUAAAGUCCCAGGGGCUUGGCCGCUUAUAGACAAUAGCUACCUAAAUGUCCAAGUCACAAACACACCCGUCCGGCCCGGUUCCAUGGCCACAGCCACCAGCAAGCUCACCAUCAUCUUCAAGAGCUUCCAGGAAUGUGUGGAACAGAAAGUCUACCAGGCGGAGAUGGACGAACUCCCUGCUGCCUUCGCUGAUGGAUCCAAAAAUGGUGGCGACAAGCACGGGGCCAACAGCUUGAAGAUUACAGAGAAAGUCUCUGGCCAGCACAUAGAGAUCCAGGCCAAGUACAUUGGCACCACCAUUGUGGUGAGGCAGGUGGGACGCUAUCUGACCUUCGCUGUGCGGAUGCCUGAGGAGGUGGUGGAAGCGGUGGAAGACGGAGACAACCAGGGUCUUUACCUCUGUCUCCGAGGCUGUCCAGUCAACCAGCAGAUAGAUUUCCAAGCCUUCCAUUCCACCACCCAGACCACGGAAAACUGGGCUCGCCGAAAGGGCCCCAGCGUUCCCUCUUUGCCGGAGGCUUUCACCUACGAGUCGGCCAUGGCCAAGUGCCGAGAGAAGCUCCCAGUGGAGGACUUGUAUUUCCAGUCCUGCGUCUUCGACCUUCUGACGACGGGCGACGUCAACUUCACCCUUGCGGCUUACUACGCUUUUGAAGACGUCAAAAUGCUCCACUCCAGUAAGGACAAGUUACAUUUGUAUGAAAGGACACAAGCGUUGGAGCCGGGCAACAUGGCCACCUCAGAACGUUUUACGUCUCCUCUUCUGUUGCUUUUCUUGGUGGUUUUGACAUGGUUGAGCCAGUGUCCAGCCCUGUCACAGUAGACCUUUGAAGUCUGCAAGACCAAGGGACCAGUGAAUGAAACAGUUGUGUUAGAUUAAGACAAAGGCUGAGGCUUGCACACUGGAGUUUUAUUGACCUCUUCUCUCCCAACAUGAAUGGCGUUUGGACCUUCAGGAACACCAAUGUUCUUUCAUGACUGUUGAAGCUUCUCUACUAAAUUAGGGUCCCAAAGUAGCCCCCUUUUCCAGUCCCCUUCAUCCUGUUGCUCUCACUCCCAGCGCCUCCUUUCGUUGUGAUAUGAGUGGUUUGUGGUGAUUGUGACAUUUGCAUUUGUGUAAAGUCAGAUCUUCGUGGAGGCCUGGCACCAGAGAAAAAAUGGCUGGAGUUCAACUGAUGUUGAAGAAGGGAAGGAGGGAACGAGGACCCAUUGAAAAGGGUCAGAUGCACAAUAGAAAGAACUUUGGCACCUUUGUGGUUGUUGGUCCAUCAGAUGUACCUUCUUCUGCCAGGGAGUGCCAAUUACUCCCUGAGAAAUCAGAUCACACAUUAUUUCCCCGUUACUUUGGGGCACUUGGUAUUGAGUGUGCAAACAACUGCUGAUGUACACCUAUGCUCUAUCUUCUCACUUGUGCUAUUGUUUCGGGUUAUAAAACUGAAGCUGGAAGCUUUCUCUUGCGUUAAGGCUAUAGUUGGGCAAAGGUUCGCCCAGAGUCCAUGAGAGACUCCCCAAAGUCUUUGUGGUUCUUGACUCCUCCAGACUCCCUCAACUGUUUCUCUCUCUCUCUCUCUCUCUCUCUCUCACUCACUCACACACACACACACACACACACACAAUGGUUGAAUUGUUUUUCCUCAAGGUAUAACACUAUAAAUAUUCUGUUCCCCUCUAUGUCUCAAGAAAAAAAUGACAUUUUCAAAACCAGGCAUCGUCUCACUUAUCCAAGCUAAAUGGGCCGGCAGAAGCUUGGAUAAGCGAGUAUCUUGGAUAAUAAGGAGGGAUUAAGGAAAAGACUAUUAAACAUCAAAUUAGGUUAUGAUUUUACAAAUGAAGCACCAAAACAUCAUGUUCUACAACAAAUUUGACAGAAAAAGUAGUUCAAUACGCAGGAAUGUUAUGUUGCAAUUACUGUAUUUACGAAUUUAGCACCAAAAUAUCACGAUAUAUUGAAAACAUUGACUACAAAAAUGGCUUGGAUAAUCCAGAACCUUGGAUAAGUGAGACUCUACUGUAUUAUUUUGAGGCUUUGGCAGUUGCCUUUGUGUCCCACCCCUCUGCUUUAUGGAUUUCUGAAGCAUAUAUUUCAUUUCUAAAGCUCCUCUCCCAUUCCCUGGCCUUAAACUAGUUCUUUCAAAUUGAUAAACCCUCCUAAACAACAGCAGUAGCGCUUGCCAGCAGGUAGCUCACAAUACAUCAUAAAAGUGCCAAUCCUAAGAUUCUCGGUGAUCAAAUGUUUGCAGUCACAAUGGUCUCAAACUACUACAAUGGUGUAUCUAAAAACACUCUUUUGGCGCGUGCAGUUUGCUCAAACCGUUGUCCUGUUAUGUAUAAGCAAGUAUGCCAACUUGAGCAUUUUCGAUAAAAGAUAUGCAACCUAUAUAGUCAAAAUAUAGUGUGUUAUUAUCUAUGGUUUCAAGUAUUUACUGGGUGGUUUUCGAUGGAACAUAUGCCCAGCAGAUCUGGAGGUCAUACUAUAUGUGUUUAUGGAGAGAGAAUAUAUCUGGGUCUAACCGGUUGGCGCAGCGGGUUAAACCACUGAGCUGCUGAACUUGCUGACUGAAAGGUCGGUGGUUCGAAUCUGGGCAGUGGAGUGAGCUCCUGCUGUUAGCCCCAGCUUCUGGCAACCUAGCAGAUCGAAAACAUGCAAAUGUAAGUAGAUCAAUAGGUACCACUCCGGCAGGAAGGUAACGGCGUUCCAUGCAGUCAUACCAGCCACACGACCUUGGAGGUGUCUACGGACAACACCAGCUCUUCAGUUUAGGAAUGGAGAUGAGCACCAACCCCCAGAGUCAGACAUGGCUAGACUUAAUGACAGGGGAAAACUUAACUUUUAUCAUCUAUCCAUUCAUCCAUCUAUCUAUCUAUCUUCUAUUAUCUACCCUUAUCUAUCAUCCAUCUGUCUAUCUUCUAUUAUCUAUCACCUAUUUUUAUGUUUCUAUAAUCUAUCAUCUCCAAUUAUCUAUCACAUGCUAUCUAAUCUAAUCUAGAGCUGGCUGAACUGCUGACCUGAAGUUUGAGUUGCUAACCUGAAGGUUGCCAGUUCGAAUUUGGGAAUCAGGGUGAGCUCCUCUAGCUUGCAGGGACAUGAGAGAAGCCUCCCAACUAACACAUCUGGGCAUUCCCUGGGUAACGUCUCUGUAGACAGCCAAUUCUCUCACACCAGAAGCGACUUGCAGUAUGUUCUCAAGUGGCUUCUGGCACUUAUCUAAUCUAUCAUCUCUUUUAUCUAUCUAUAUCUAUCAUCUAUCAAUCUGGAGGCGCAGUGGGUUAAACACUUGUGCUGGCAGGGCUGCUGACUUGAAGGUUGGGUUGCUGACCUGAAGGUUCCCAGUUCGAAUCCAGGGAAAGCAUGGAUGAGCUCCCUCUGUCAGCUCCAGCUCCCCAAGCGGGGACAUGAGAGAAGCCUCCCAUAAGGAUGGUAACAACAUCAAGCAUACGGGCGUUCCCUGGGCAACGUCCUUGCAGACGCCCAAUUCUCUCACACCAAAGCAACUUACAGUUUCUCAAGUCGCUCCAGAUAUGGAAAAAAUCUACCUAUCACCUUCUAUCUAUCUACCAUCUGUCUUAUCUAUCACUCUCAUCUAUAUCUAUGUGUCUGCCCCUUGGGCAAGUCCUACUCAUACAGCCUUACCACAAAGUAGCAACAAAAUGCCGCCGAGUAAAUGUUUCCAGAUAGACUUGAAAGCACAGCCAUAACAAAACGAGGGUUUCACAUUCUCCCUUAUCCUCUCAAAUUGCUCUCUCCACAAUUCUCCCACCCAUUCCAAUGUUUCUUGUCUUCAUCUAAUUAAGAAUGCACUUUACUUUCCCCCCCUCAAUUAUAUUUAGGACUGGUUGGUUUGUUUCAGUCAGGCUUUGCCAAGUUCUGGCUUGGUGAGCAAUGCUAAGUCAACGAGGAUUGGAAGCAAAACUGGAGGGGAAGCAUUCGCCAAACUCACAUCCCUCCCCCCCUUUCUGACUUCUUUUGUGCAUGUAGGAUUUAUGUGGGGUGUUGAUGUACAUACUGUAAAUUAUUUAUUGAUGAAAAUGCAAAUAAAACUUUUUUUUCCUUCCCAA